CCAACUGGCCGCUAGGUGUCGCGCUGAGUUCACGCUGAUGGUGACGCAACCCUCGGCGAAGCAGAGGAAGAGACGGCAGAUACCGCACCUUCGACCAAGGUAAAGCAUGGCGAUGACUGGCCCGAGCUCGUGCUCCUCCAUGAGCAACCACACCAAGGAGCGGGUCACCAUGGCCAAGGUGACCCUGGAGAACUUCUACAGCAACCUCAUCGCCCAGCACGAAGAGAGAGAGAUGAGGCAGCAGAAGCUGGAGAAAGUGAUGGACCAGGAGGGCUUGGCAGAUGAAGAGAAACGUAUCCGGCGUUCUCAGCACGCCAGGAAAGAGACAGAGUUCCUGCGUCUGAAGCGUACUCGACUGGGUCUGGAGGACUUUGAGUCCCUGAAGGUGAUUGGGCGAGGAGCUUUUGGAGAGGUUCGUCUGGUGCAGAAGAAAGACACCGGCCACGUCUACGCCAUGAAGAUCCUCCGAAAAGCUGACAUGCUGGAGAAAGAACAGGUUGGACAUAUCCGGGCUGAGCGGGACAUCCUGGUAGAGGCAGAUAGUCUGUGGGUGGUCAAGAUGUUCUACAGCUUCCAGGAUAAGAUGAACCUCUACCUCAUCAUGGAGUUCCUGCCUGGAGGAGACAUGAUGACCCUGCUGAUGAAGAAGGACACUCUGACAGAAGAGGCGACUCAGUUCUACAUCGCCGAGACGGUGCUGGCCAUCGACUCCAUCCACCAGCUGGGCUUCAUUCACAGAGACAUCAAACCCGACAACUUGCUGCUGGACUCCAGGGGUCAUGUGAAGCUGUCUGACUUUGGUCUGUGCACGGGGCUGAAGAGGGCUCACCGCACCGAGUUCUACAAGAACCUGAACCACAGCCUGCCCAGUGACCUCAGUAAGCAAACUUUUCAGAACAUGAACUCCAAGAGGAAGGCAGAGACCUGGAAGAGGAACCGGAGGCAGCUGGCUUUCUCUACCGUGGGAACCCCAGACUACAUCGCCCCGGAGGUCUUCAUGCAAAAUGGAUACAACAAGCUCUGCGAUUGGUGGAGCCUGGGUGUCAUCAUGUAUGAGAUGCUGAUAGGGUACCCCCCGUUCUGCUCCGAGACGCCUCAGGAGACCUACAGGAAGGUGAUGAACUGGCGAGAGACGCUGACCUUUCCUCCAGAGGUGCCCAUAUCCGAGAAGGCCAAAGAUCUGAUCCUCAGGUUCUGCUGUGAGGAGGAGCACAGGAUCGGUGCUGCGGGGGUCGAGGAGAUCAAGUCCAAUCCUUUCUUUGAGGGCGUGGACUACGACCACAUCAGAGAGAGACCUGCUGCCAUCCCCAUAGAGAUCAAAAGCAUCGACGACACCUCGAACUUCGACGAAUUCCCCGAUUCAGACAUCCUCACACCGACAGUCGCCCCGGUGUCCAACCAGACCGAGGCCGACCUGAAGAACAAGGACUGGGUCUUCAUCAACUACACCUACAAACGCUUCGAGGGCCUGACGGCUCGGGGGGCGAUACCGUCCUACAUGAAGUCGGGGAAGAGAUGAGCGUCCCUCGGUCUCAGUUUUUAACCCACGACGCCACCGUGAAUCCUGAAAGACUCGUCCAAAAA